AUGUAGAUGAUCUGUUCACUCUGCUCUUCACAAAUUCAAAGUUCUUUUAUGAUUUUCAGGCUGAGCGUAACACAUUUGAUAUAGUGCAAUGUCCCUGGCAGCAAGCAGAGACAUCUGACGAGAAGUUUAGAAAGGUUGAGUUUACUUUAAAUCUGAAUCAUGCAAUGGGACCUAAAACCUCCAGAGCUACUGAGGUUCAAACUAUGCGGUCAACUUCAGUUCCAGGUCAUAUAUAUAGCGUAGAUGUAGAGACUACGAAUGCUGAUGUGCCAUAUGGAGAUACGUUUUUUGUUCUUUCCCACUAUUGUCUAGUCAAGAUAACAGAUGAAGAAUCACGUUUAACUGUUCUAUGUGAUAUCAAAUAUAGAAAGAGUCCCUGGGCCCUGGUCAAAACAUUUAUUGAAAAGAAUGUUUGGGCAGGAAUUGAUGACCAUUAUGUGGCUCUUUCGUCAGCUCUGGACAGGGAGAUUGUUUCAAGAAAAGAUGAAAAAAAGGAAGAGGAUGGAUUAGCAGGCAAAAAGAAAAUAAGAAGGCAGAGGAAAAGAAAAGUUUCAACUAGUGAUACAGGUCCAGUACCUGUACUGAGUACAAAUGCAAGAAUACCAAAGUAUAACGUAUCACCAAAAGAAAAAGAAGUUGAAACUGGAUCUUCCUUGAACUUAGUUCUGAUGUUGAUGCUCUCCCUGCUGUGCUUCCUUAACAUCUACCUCCUCUACAGGAUCUGGGGACUAGAGUCAACCAUAACUUUAAAGAUGAGUAUGCUUGAGGACUACACGGUUCUUGACACACAAGGACCAAGGACCAGUCAGGACUGGUUAAACCUGUUACAAAGACAAGAGGCAAUGCAUAAUGAGGAUCUGAGAAACUGGCAGAAAGCAGUAAACACAGCGUCUGGACUCCUCCAACAAACAGAAAACGUCAUGUCAUCUUUCAGCAAGAAUUUGGAUGUGAAAUCGACUAGAAAUGUAGUAAAACACAUUCUCAAAGAACAGGAUUAUCUUGGGAGAUCACGUCAUCAACAGAACCAUCUGAAAAUACUUCAUCAGCAACCUCCAAUUCUUCAGGAUCAACAACCCGGGAAUUUUUAUGGUGAGGAAUCACAAAUACACAUUGAUCAGGAGCUUGAAACUAAUUCCAAUGAAGUACUUGAAGAUACUGAAUGGUUGGACGAAUUAGAGCUUAACGUGGAGGAAGAAAUUGAUGCUUCUAAAGAGCUUAAUUUGACUGAAGAACUAGAAGCUGCUGAAGAUCUUGAAGCUGGCCCAAGUUUGCUUGAUAAAACUGAAGUUUAGAGUCACAAACCCUCCUAUAUGUUUCUGAGAAAAGAGGAAUCUCAACAAAUUUUAAAUCUUAAAACAACAAUUAGAUAAUUCUAGAAAAUGAUCAUACUAUUUUAAUUAGGAUAAUUGAACUUUUAUUAUACACAUAGUUGUAGAUAUAUGAUAUCUAUUUAUGUACACUAAAUAUUUAUAGAGUUUUAUAGACACAGAAAUUAAGUUAUAUGUAAUCAUGAUUGGUGUGGACCAUUAUUAAUGUUUUACCAGAUGCUUGAAAAAAAAAUCAAAAAUAUUCAUCUAAUAUACUUAAAUAAUU